AUGGAAACGGGCGGCGACGGCGGCCGCCGAGGGACAGAAAGGUUGCCCGAGCGGCGCCUGAGGCGCGCCGAGCGCGAGCGGCUCCCGCCGCCGCCGCCUCCUCCGCCGUUUCUGAGGGGCGCCUCGGCCGCCAUGGAAGGCCGGCCGGUGGGUCGCCCGAGCCGGGCCUCUCCACCGGCCAAAGCCGCCUUGGCUUCCCCUCCUCGCUACCGCCUGGUGUCGGAAAUCGGGCGCGGGGCCUACGGCGUGGUCUACGAAGCGGUGUCGGGCCGCAGCGGCGCCCGCCUGGCCGUCAAGCGGCUGCGUUGCGACGCUCCCGAGAACGUGGAGCUGGCCCUGGCCGAGUUCUGGGCCCUGACCAGCCUCCGCCGCCACCACCCCAACGUGGUGCGCUUCGAGGAGUGCGUCCUGCAGCGCGACGGGCUCGGGCAGCGCAUGAGCCACGGCAACAAGCAGAGCGCGCUCUACCUCCGCCUGGUCGAGACCUCCCUCAAGG